AUGAAGCAUUUCCUUCAAUUCUUCACUCUCGCCUCUCUGGCCCUGGCCUUUGACCACUCUGCGAGGGAGAGUAAACGUCAACUUGGCGACAGAGUCCGCAGCACGGCCAACGAGUUCAAGGACGAUGGCUGCAACGACAUCAUUUUCGUCUGGGCUCGUGGCUCUACCGAGAUCGGCAACAUGGGAACUAUUGUCGGUCCUGAUGUCGCCAACAAUCUCAAGGAUGCGUUCCCAGGCCAGGUAGCCGUACAGGGUGUUGACUAUGCUGCUCUUCUCUCAACCAACUUCGUCCCCGGAGGUGCUGAUCCUGUCGGUAUCCGCGAGAUGAAAUCAAUUCUCGAUGAUGCUAUGAGCCAAUGUCCUGACUCCGUGAUUGUCACUGGUGGCUACUCCCAGGGCGCUGCCGUCAAUCACCGUGUCAUCGAGGAUCUCCCUCAAGACCAACAGGAUCGUAUCGCUGGCGUCAUCAUGUUUGGCGACACACAAGAUCGCGCUGAUGGGGGCCAGAUCCCCAACUUCGACCCAGCCAAAACGGAGAUUAUUUGUGCCUCUCUACCCCGGGACACGGUAUGCGACGGUGUUCUCACUGCCGCUGUCCUACCGCCUCAUCUUUCCUACGGUCGAAAUGCUGACGAGGGUGCUGAUUUCCUCAUUGGUCAGGCUAGGGGCGUCUUGGGUGCCGGAGCGAAGUAA